AUGUGGACCUUUUUUCAAAGAGCAAUAGUAAACCGAACUAACGAAAACUGUCCCAAAUUUGAAUCAAAUACCAAAAUUUUCGUUCUGAAAAGGAUUAAAAGUGACCGCAAACCCGCAAAAAAAAGAGAAAGAAAAGGAAAUUCUAAGAAUUUCGAUAAACCGGAUACUUUAAAAAAAAAGAGACCUCUCACUCCGGUCAGAGAUCGGGUAGAUGACGGAAUGAACAAAAAUUUGGGAAGGAAAAAAAAAUGGAAAUUCCAACCCCAAAAAGGAGUUCCGUACCUCGGUCGACUUAUGAAAGAACUUUUAACUGGCAGCCUCAAAAAAAUGACUCAGAUGAGUGUGUUCAAGCCCGCCAACAAGGCGUAUUACGAAGUGAAAGCAUUCGCCGAUUUCCUCACGAUCGGUCAAAGCCCAAUCCCCAAGACUGUUAUUAUCCAAAGUCCUUCGCCCUCUUUCUAUAAGCCAACACUUCCAAAGAUCCCGCGAACAAAGAAGAAAUGGACCGUCCAACACAAGAAAGAAGCCGUCAAGAAAGCAAGGGAAAUUGGACUGACAAAAGCAACUCGGUUUCUACAAAAAAACUACCCCGAGACAUUCUGCGAUCUCUCCCCUAGCACGCUCCAGUACUGGAUUCAGAAAUUCGACUGA